UGACGGCACCAUAAGCUUCCUGUCAGAAUCUUUCAGAAUAAUGAGUUUGAUUCAUGCGACGCCGGUUGGAGGAGGCGUUGUCGCAUCGCACCGCCGCUACAGCUGCUGCUGUGGAGUCAGAGACACCGCUGUCCUGCCCUGACAUUCCAAAGUGUCGUCCUUCGUUCCGGAGUCACAUUUUGCCGCAGUUGAUCAGAGAUGAUCAAAAACGGACACCACCGUCACCAAGCAGCGGCGGGGACGGACGCAGGUUCGAUCCCCAGCACUGCUGCCUGCAGUCCGGAGAAGAGAAGGCGAAGGAUACGGGUGUGGUGCGAUGGCUGCUACGACAUGGUCCACUACGGCCACUCGAACCAGCUGCGACAAGCAAAGGCCAUGGGAGACUACCUCAUCGUUGGAGUUCACACGGACAGUGAAAUCGCCAAGCACAAGGGCCCGCCAGUUUUCACUCAGGAAGAGCGCUACAAGAUGGUGCGCGCCAUCAAGUGGGUGGAUGAGGUGGUGGAGGGAGCGCCGUACGUCACCACGCUGGAGACCUUGGACAAGUACAGCUGUGACUUCUGCGUCCACGGAGUGGAUGGGAAAGACACGUACGACGAGGUGAAGAAGUCUGGGCGCUACAGGGAGUGUAAGAGAACGCAAGGAGUUUCCACCACGGACCUGGUGGGCAGGAUGCUGCUGAUGACAAAAGCACACCACAGCAACAUUGACCAGUCAGAUUAUCAGCAGCACACAGAUAACUUUGGAAAGGGAUCAAAGGGUCAGAAGGGUCACAGCCCCUGGACGGGGGUUUCUCAGUUCCUGCAAACAUCACAGAAGAUCAUCCAGUUUGCUUCAGGUCAGGAGCCCCAAUCUGGAGACACCAUCAUCUACGUCGCCGGAGCGUUUGAUCUCUUCCACAUCGGCCAUGUGGACUUCCUGGAAGCAGUGCACAAGCUUGCAGAAAAGCCAUACAUCAUCGUGGGGCUGCACUUUGAUCAGGAGGUGAAUCGCUACAAGGGGAAGAACUACCCCAUCAUGAACGUGCACGAGAGAACACUCAGCGUCCUGGCAUGUCGGUACGUUUCUGAAGUGGUGAUCGGGGCUCCCUUUGCUGUCACCAAAGAUUUGCUGGACCAUUUCAAGGUGGACCUCGUGUGCCACGGAAAAACAGAAAUCUACCCUGACAAGGACGGAUCUGACCCUUAUGCUGAGCCCAGGAGGAAAGGAAUACUGCGCACAGUUGACAGUGGGAACAGCCUCACCACAGAUGCCAUUGUGCAGAGGAUUAUCAAAAACAGGCUGCUCUUUGAAGCAAGGAACAAGAAGAAAGAAGCCAAAGAGAUUGCUGUGAUUCAGGCCAUGAAACGACAAGAAGGAAAAGAAUGACAGGACGGCGAAGCUGAACGGCCGAGAUCAAGCACCAUCAUUUUAGUGUGGAUGAGAUCGAGACUCACAGUUUGACUCGAUUGUUGCCGAUAUACUGCGUGUGUGUGUGUGUGUGAGCGUGAGAGCCAGUGAUGUUUGUGUUGAUAUAACAGACAUAUGCAACUAUUUGUUAAUAAUGAGAAAUAUAUCAAAUUUUGUCUUGUCACUGAAUGAGAGGGAUGUUUGCCUGAAGUAUCACUUUCAAUUGCUUUUGGUUUAGCAUGGAGGGAUGAUGGUGUCGUGACCUUGCAUGAUGUUGCUGCUUCUGUCUCACCGACUGUGUGUUAAAACAGGUUGCUGGAAUAACGUUUUGGGUUUUUGAAAGUGAGACAGGGUUCUGUUUUACUGUCCAGCUGGUUUUUAAUCACCAAACGCACACUGUCGUGAAGAUAUUUUCCACACACUUUUCCUUUUUAGGUUCUUAAACCAGCACUCCAGCUGUACAUGAAAUGAACAUGAAAGAUAGAAAUGACGGUGUCUCAUUUUUCUGCCGGAAAAACCUUUAACUUUGCUCCUUGUUGUCCACUGGAUCAUGAACUGACCUCAUUUUCAAGCAAAUAAUCAGAACAGAUAAUAUAUAUAUAUAUAUUUUGUAGAUGUGUAUUUUACUCCUAUUAAUGGCAGUACUGACAGUAAAGUUUAAUAUAUAGUCUCUGGGCGUCUAUUGAUCUCUCUCUCUCUCUCUCUCUCUCUCUCUC